AUGGCUGCUGCUCCGGCAGCAGGCCGAUUCUCCGGAUCUGGCUAUCGCGUUUGUUCGACCUGUAUCACACGAUGUCUUCGCCAGUCGUCGCGGCCGCACAGCACUUUGAGAUCUGUCCUGCAAGCAAACAGGAAGCUCCACAGUGGCAUACUUCCACUCGAAAGGCCCUCUAGAAGCACGAUCCCUCAUUCGCAGAGCUUUGUGGGCGACUAUUUCUCUGCCAACACGUCCAUUGAGAGAGGAUGGAUCAAGAGUGGGAUGCUGGCUGCGGUCCGCACGGUCGCGGAGCCUGCAGGACGAAGGGAAAAUGACGUGCCUGGCGAAGUCACACGGACCCGAGCACAAGGAGAACUAGAAAAGGCUUUGUCUUUCAAGGAGGAGCCUCUGAGUCAAGCGAGUCAGGGCCCUCAAAAUGGUCCGGAAGCCAGCAAAGCUGUGGAGGGUGGUGAAUCAGAGGCGGAUAUAUUACCACACAGAAGGCGGAAGAGACGAAAGAGCAACCAAGACGCAUCGGAGGAGUCUCUCCCUUUGGAUGCUUCAUCUCAAUUGACGACUGCUGCGACCGCGAUGCCAAAGUCAGCCGUCUUCCGGCGGAAGCUGGCCACGUUCCUCUCAUUGACCAAACCGCGACUCUCAUUCCUGAUCCUGCUCACGACCACAUCGGCUUACAGUCUCUAUCCGCUCCCGGAAAUCCUGUCCUCCACGUCCUCAUCGGCAACUUCAUCGCUUUCAACAUCAACGCUGACGCUACUAUUCCUCACUUCAGGCACCUUUUUGUCGUGCGCCUGCGCCAACACCCUCAACAUGCUCUUUGAGCCAAAAUAUGACGCUCUCAUGUCUCGAACUCGAAAUCGGCCCCUUGUGAGAAAGCUAGUCUCUCCACGGGCCGCCGCCGUGUUUGCCUUGGUCUGCGGUGCCUCUGGCCUGCUUCUUCUCGGCCUGGGGACUAACCCGACGGUGGCGGGCCUGUCGGCCCUCAAUAUCUUCCUCUACGCUGGGGUCUACACUCCAAUGAAGCGAAUCUCCGCGGCGAAUACUUGGGUAGGUGCGAUUGUGGGUGGAAUUCCUCCUCUCAUGGGCUGGUGCGCUGCUGCGGGCGAGGCUGCGACCUCGGAGCACCACUCAUGGCAAGAUCUACUCUUUUCGGAGAACUCGAUAGGAGGGUGGGCUUUGGCAGCUCUGUUAUUUGCCUGGCAGUUUCCUCACUUCAUGUCCUUAUCGCAUACCAUUCGAGAAGACUAUCGAAAUGCUGGCCACAAAAUGUUGGCCUGGACGAAUCCUGCUCGAAACGGACGUGUUGCGCUGCGGUACUCUUUGGCUAUGUUUCCUAUAUGCGGGCUUCUCUAUUUCACGGGAUACGUGGACAAAGGCUUCCUCGUUAUAAGCACGGCAUGUAACGUCUGGAUGAGUCGAGAGGCGUUUCGCUUCUGGAAACAGCAAGGAGCCGGAGGAAGCGCCAGAGGGCUGUUCUGGGCGAGCGUCUGGCAGCUUCCACUUGUGUUGGUUGGAGCUCUUGUGUGCAAGAAGGGACUAUGGGAUGGUUUUUUCAGCACCGAUGAACCCACCAGUAUCUACGAAGAGGGCGACCUCGAUGCUGACGGUGACGCUCUUGGAAUGGACCCGUCGAAACCUCGACAAAGGCCGCCACCCCCUGAUAUUAAUUUGGCCAUGAUGGGAUUCAAGAGACCGACUUGA